UUUUGUAGUUUAAAACGAUUUUUAUUUUGCAAACUCGAGUUUUUUGUCAAAAUUGUUUUUUCGGACUUUUCCGCGUUUCUUCCUUGUGGGUUACCGUAGCGCGAUAUUAUGAGCCAGCCCCCGCCCUGCGUAAACACAAACAACAUGGCUGCGUGUAGCAGAGAACUAACGUCAAAGAAAGGCACGGGUAAUUCCGUAAUUUGGAACUGGUUUGGUUUUGAUGCAGCAGACCAAACACAGACGAAGCCUUGCUGCAAAAUUUGUUUCAAGGCUGUUGCUACUGGAAGCAGCAGUACAACAAAUCUUUUCCAGCACCUGAGGAAUAAACAUCGCGAAGAAUGGGAGAAGUGCAGCCGGCUCCGUAGCGAAAAUGCCUCCUCUAGCACGCCUGCUAAAAAGCAAACUACACUCCCUGAGAGCUUUACAAACUGUGUGCCUUAUGAUAAGAAGGGAGCGCGGUGGAAAGCGAUUACAGAGGCGAUCACGUUUUAUAUUGCCACAGACAUGCUGCCAAUUUAUUCUGUCGAAAAGCGAGGCUUUAAUCACAUGUUGAAAGUAUUAGAUGCGAGGUACGAUGUCCCCAGCCGCAAGUAUUUCGCCGAUGUAUCGCUGCCUCACCUGUACAAUACAACUCGGGAAAAGAUCCGCUGUGAGCUGGAGGAGAUGCAGUUUUACUCAGCCACAACGGACCUGUGGUCCAGCCGGACGAUGCAGCCAUAUCUGAGUCUGACGGUUCACUACAUCAACAAUAGUUGGACUCUGCGCAGCAUCUGCCUUCAGACAGCCUAUUUCCCCGACAACCACACUGGUGAGAUAAUUGCCCAUGGCUUAAAAGACGCUCUCAGCUCCUGGGGACUUUUGGAGGAACGACUCGUCUGCAUGACAACUGAUAGUGGCACCAAUAUCAUAAAAGCCCUUAAGGACAACAACUGGCCCAGCUUGCAGUGUUUUGGCCACAGACUCCACAAUGCUAUAGAGAAUGGUGUGAAGGAUCCAAGGAUCGAUCGGGCCAUAGGGGUCUGCAAAAAAGCUGUAUCAGCCUUCUCCUACAGCUGGAAAAAAAAGGCGAGACAUGACAGAGGUGCAGGCUGAGCUUGGACUUCCCCAGCAUCUUUUGAUCUCAGAAUCCCCAACACGUUGGGGGUCUCGUCAAAAGAUGAUUGAGCGCUUUCUUGAGCAAGAGAAGGCAAUAACUCGUGUCCUGGGUGCGGACAAGAAAACGCGUCAUCU